AUGGAAGAGUCGGACGAGGAUCUUGUCAUCAUCGAUUCUCCCGCAGAAUUACAGUCCACCCACCCACGUUAUGCCAACAUGCUGCCUGUCAGAAGCAACCCCGCAGAUCCAGCUCCACAAAGCGGCGUUGGACCACCAUCAUCCAUCGGUCAGGCCGAGCCGGUGAACGAGCUGCCGUCAGCCAGAGAAAAAGAUGCACAGGAUGCCAUGGUGCCCGUGACGGAUCGAGGGAAGGAGAAUGAGUCUCCAAUCGAGGGCUCAACGGAGAAACCUCUCCUACAAUCUGACCACUCAUCGCCGCCCACCGAUCAUACCGAAACCGAGCUCGAUUCGACUUGCUCAUCUGAUCGCGGCUUCCAAUCCUCUGGACCGCCGCCACCCGCCACCCUUCCCCUGACCGUGUACCAAGCUGAUCGCCAAUCAGCCUCACAACUUGAGUCCAGCAAUCGCCUUCCAUAUCACCUUGUACAGAGCUAUCCACCGCCACCUCCUCCUCCUCCGCCGCCGCCACCACCGCCGCCGCCUCCGCCUCUCGGGGUUCCUUACUACGGCCAACCCUCAUCACGCUACUAUCCGCCACCACCACCACCACCACCUCCCCCUCCCCCUCCACCGCCGCCUCCACCACCGCCACCGCCACCACCAUCACCCCCCGGCAUCCCCGAAGUCCAAUACUGCAACUGCACCUCCAACAUCGAAGUCAUCAACUCCGCCAGCGCCCUCCUCCCCAACCCGCACCACCACAACCACCAGCAACAACAACCCCCCCACCCCCUCGAGCGCAUCGUCCGCCUCGGCAGCAGCAGCACCAGCAACGGCGGCCGCAUCGCCGCGCUGGCCCACCACGCCGCCACCCCGCUCGACCUCGCCACGCACCUCUGGCUGCUGCGCCACGGCGAGCCCGGCCGCUGGUACGCGCGCCCGCCCCGCCACGAGCUGAGGCGGCUGCGGCGCCUGGAGGAAGCGUUGGCCGCAGGCGCCGGAGGUGCCGGAGGCAGCUCAUCUGCAAGCUGUGCCGCCGCCGCCGCCGCCGUCGACGACAUCGCCGCCGUCGCUGCGGGCAUCCUCGAGCGCUGCCGCGGCACGCCGACGCCGCCGCAUCCGCCUUGUCCUGUUCCUGUUCCUCAUCUUCUUCCUCCCCCUCAUCCACUGUCGUCGCUGUCAUCGCCCUCGCCGCGCGCCGGGCCGCCGGUCCCGCGGCUGACGGGCGGUGGUGGUGGUGGUAGCAGCCGUGUCGCAGCCUCCAUCGCUGCCGCCACCGCCGCCGCAGAAGCGGACGCGGUGCGCAUCUGGGCCGGCGCCGUCAUGCAGGGCGCGAGGCAGCAGUACCCGCCACCGGCGACGCCAGGCAACGAAGACGACGACAACGAAGACGAUGGCGUCCCGUGCUGGUGCUUCCCGCUCGGCGAAGGCCCCGCGGACGCGCAGUGCGCCCGCGCCGGCGCCCCCGCCUGCGACGUCCGGCACAAGCGCCGCAUCGCCGCGGCUUGUCUGGCGUAUUACAUGGUCACGGAGGCGCCGAUGGCGGAGGGGGAUGCGGGGGCGGUGGCGGCGGGGGAUAGGUAUGGGUAUGGGUAUGAGUAUGGGUAUGGGUAUGGCAAUGGGCGUGGCGGGCUGGGAUCAUCGGAGCAGGGGAGGGUGUACAUGGUUGAGAAGGUGGGGAGUAGGGAGGCGUGCUUGGUGCGGGCGUAUCACAACGCUGCGUUGCGGGGGUGGGGGACGGCGUUUGUGUGCGUGGUGAAGGAGGGAGGGGGCGUCGAGAUGGGUGAGGCGAGGGCUGGGUUGGAGGGGUUUGAGAGGGUGGGCGGGCUGGCCGGAUUGGUGGCGGAUGAUGAUGACGAUGAUGAUGAGCGAGGCGAGGACGGUGAGGGACGGCGGCCGGGGCGUGUGGUGAAGAUCUUCUACUGA